AUGUCGCAGAACCAGUUGCAGGUGUUGCAUGCAGAAGCCUUUCAGGGUCUCAAAUUUGGUCAGAGUGGCAUCCUGGACAUGUCGCAGAACAAGUUGCAGGACUUGCCUCCAAAGGUCUUUGACAGUCUUGAGCUCGACCGACUGAACCUACAAAACAUUAAUCUUAUCCAACUACAUGCAGGAACCUUUCAAGGUCUCACCUUUGGUCGGUACUGUUCCAGAUGCAUCCUGGACAUGUCGCAGAACAAGUUGCAAGAAUUGCCCCCAAAGGUCUUUUACAAAUUUCGUUUCACGAUGUUAGGCUAUCUUCGCAGCCUGAGACUGGAAGGCAACCAGCUCCGGAGCCUUGGCGACAGACCCUUCUACGGGUUGGACUACUUGGAAGAGCUGAACUUGCAGCAGAAUCAGCUGACAGAUCUGGAUGAAGAUGUUUUUGGUGAUGACUUUCUCAAGCGGAGCUUGUUGGAUCUCAAGCUGGGUGGCAACCGGCUCACAACGUUGCCCGGUGGCCUCUUCAACGGUUUCACAAAUCUUCGAAAGCUGCAGCUGCAGAGCAAUCAGCUGGUGAGACUUCCACAACAGCUGUUUCAGACUUUGAGCUCCUUGGAGUUCCUGAACUUGAGCCACAACGAGUUGGUGACGCUUUCGUCAGAUGUCUUUUAUGGUCUCUCGUCUCUUCGCAGCCUGAGGCUGGAAGGCAACCGGCUCCGGAGUCUUGCCACCAGACCCUUCUACUGGUUGUACCGCUUGGAAGAGCUGCACCUGGCACAGAAUCAGCUGACGGAUCUGGAUGAAGAUGUCUUUGAUGGAUAUGAUAGAUAUGAUUAUGAUGACUCACACCAAUGCAGUUCACACCGACGCCGUUCUUCACACCGACGCCGUUCUUCACGCCGACGCCGUUCUUCACUCCGACGCGUACGACGUUCUUCCCUCAAGCGAAGCUUGUUGGAGCUGAACCUGGGAGGCAACCGGCUCACUGCUCUGCACGAUGGCCUCUUCAAGGGUUUCAGGUCCCUUCGAACACUGCAGCUGCAGAGCAAUCAGCUGGCGAGACUUCCGAAGCAGCUGUUUCAGAAUUUGAGCUCCUUGAAUUUUCUGAACUUGAGUCAAAAUGCACUUGAAGAACUGCCUCCCAGUCUUUUCGAUGGACUGAACUUGUCAGUGAUCGACUUGAGUCACAACAAGCUGAGAACGCUCAAUGCUACGCAGUUUGACCUGGAGAGCCUCACCACCUUGGACUUACGUGGAAACCGCCUGACAGACGCCACGCGGCGGGACUUGGCACGCCUCAAGGUGGAGCUCUAUGUGGAUUGAGGUCCUGUGCUUUUGUUGAAACUGCUGGUGGUUCACAGGUUUCGUCAGUGCAAUCGUUAGACGAAAAAAACACAUCAAAGACGACGAAAA